UUAUAUGUAUAUAUGUAUAACUAUAUAAUAUAACAAUAAUUGAUCAAGUUAAAUUCAAUACGUAUUAAUAAAGACAAAGAAACAGCAAAAACACAGAGGAAAAAUGCGAAAGGAUAUAAUUUCUAAUUAAAGAAUAAGUAAAAUAUUAAGAUAAAAAAGAAAAGUUUGUUAAUAAUUUUUCAAUAAUGCAGUGCCCUGGUAUCCAUUAUCUACUAAAAACCUUGUCUGCGCUCGCGCAGUAUUUAGCGCGUAUUCAGUUUAUCAAUGCAACUAUGUGAAUAAAAAAAAAUUAAAAAAUUAUUAAUUUUGUACAAGAUAUCUUUGACUUUUUGGUUAAUUAACCUAUUUUGAUAUAAUUGAUAAAUUUAUGGAAUUUACAUUGAAUUGAAAUCUGCGGAUAGCGUUUUUUAACUAUAGAAAAAGAAAUGUGGUAUAUUUAUACGAAUUUAUAUAUGUUAAUCGUAUAUCACAAAUUUCGUUAUAUUUUUACAAUAUAAUUUAUGAACUAAUAGCGAUUAAUUUAUGAAUAUAUUUUAAAUCUUUAAUUAUGAUUUAUAUUAUUCUAAAUAUACAUCAUUUUCUCGCGUUCUACAGGUAGUAAAAGUGCCUCAUUAUCAUGACAAUAUAAUGUCGACCUCAUUUUGAAGAUACUUCAACUAAUUAUAAGUGUUUUGUUAUCUUGGAAAAUUUUUGAAAUCUAUUUAUGUACGAGUUUAAAGAAAAGAAAAAAAGAACAAAAAAAAGAAAAAUAAGAGGAAUUCGAGAGGAAAUGAAACUGAAAGAGUGAAAGUUAUGUAGCCGCGCAUAUAGAAAAGGGGGAGUCGAAGAAUAUAUGUAUAUAAUUUGCUCGGUCCUGAACUGUCAACAAGAGGAGAGUUAACACGGAUUGAAUCAAUUAUCAUCAGCCCCGUUUUGGAGUGAACGAGCAAAUGACGGAAUGAGCAAUUUCCGGGCUUGGUUAAUCCAUAUAACGAGUAAAUGAAUUUUUGUUAUAAAUUGUCUUUGAUUAUAGUCUGCGAAUUAUGUUUGUAAUAUAAAACUGAAGAUGAAGAAAAAAUGGUAUCAAGUAUUGGAUUAUAAAAAAAAACAAGCAAUGGUAGAAAAAAAAAAUCAGAAAUUAGAUUGACAAUAUAAGAGGAUCAUAUAACGGUGUACAUAUUUUGGAAUGCUUAUACCGGUGGUAUCGGGUAUCUGGGGCUGGGGAUUCUUCGCUUUUUUCUUAUUCUUUACCACCCCCAGUCCUGCUGCUAUCCGCAGAGCGGAUCGAGAUCAUUGUAACAAGACAGUAGAUUUAUAUGAAGAUGUAUCGAGUCCGGCUGUAACUUCAACAAAUUGGGGGAAACCAUUAUCUUGUUGGUAUCGUUUUCGAUCAUUUCGUGGAACUCCUCGAGAUUGGAUUCUGCGAGUUCGUUUCAAGAAAUUUAAAGUUGGCGUAUUGGAAAAUGCUACUACUUGUUCCGGAGGUUAUUUACAGAUCGUAGAUGGAAAUACAAAAACAGAGGUGAGCAAUCGAAAAGAUCCAGGUGUUUAUUGUGGUGAGUCCGAGCAACCACAAACAUUUAUUUCUGAAACAAGUUUUGUUCGUGUGAUAUUUCACGCGGAUAAUUUUACGGAUCAAACAUACUUCAGUUUUGAUUCUCGUGCAGAACAACAAUUCGAAGUAUAUUUAAGAUAUGGUCAACAUCCGGAACUCUAUCCAAAUCGAAGGGGUGAAAUUGUGCCUGGCAGUUAUUGCGAACGAGUUUUCAAAGAUUGUAGAUUACAAACAUGUUAUGUACAAAGUCCGGCUUAUCCAGGCAUUUAUCCGCGAGCGUUACAUUGCAAAUAUCAUCUCAAUACACGUUUGCCUUUUAUAAAAUUGUACAUUGAAAAUGAAGAAUUUAAUAUUGAUGGACAAAGAUGUGAAAACAUAAUGACUUGUCCUAUGAGACCGAUAAGCUCUGGCUCAGAGCACUGUCCAUAUGAUUACAUACGCGUUUACGAUGGGAAAGAUGAAACCAGUCCGACUAUUGGUACCUUCUGUGGUAUGGGGAAAUUUCCUUAUAGUAUAAUCGGUACUAGUGAAGAUCUUUACGUAGAGUUUGUUUCGUCACCAGCAGGACCUCUUUUAAAUACCGGUUUUCAUUUUAACGUUGGUAAUUGGCCAGGCCAUGUAGAAACUGCUGGUGUUCGAAAUGGUAGUUGUGAUUGGCUAUUAAACAGUGAAUCUUUACAUAGUGGUAAUGAAGGAAUAUUUCUCUCGGUGGCACAUUGGUAUCCACCGUAUACUAGUUGUACCUAUCUUCUGAAAGGUCGACCCGGCGAAAUUGCAAGACUUUAUUUUCCUAGUUUUCGAGUUAAUCGCAUCGAAUCACCUAUUCAACCAUAUGACGGUGAUUGCGGUGAAAGUUUAACUCUUUAUGAUGCCGACUGGCCAGAUGAUGCUAAAAUUAUAAAGACUUUUUGCGAUACAUUUAGUAAACCAAUGGAAAAACAUGAUUUCGUAUCCAGCUCAAAUGCUUUAUUUGUCAAAUUUGAAAGCAAAACGGGAAGUUAUUCUGGUAGUUCCUUAUAUUAUUGGGCACAUUAUGAUUUUUUUAAUGCAACAAGAUUCGGUACACCUGUACCUGGAACCGAAUGCGACGAAACAUUUACUUCCUGGAAAGAACGUUCUGGUAAACUUCGAUCACCGCUUAAUACUCUCGUUUAUAAACGUCCAGGUGAUCCACCAGCUGAUCUUUCAUGCACUUAUAGUUUUAUCACAGACAAACGAUUAUAUGCAAGGGUGAUUCUUAUUGUAGAAUCAGUCAAUUUUAAAGAACAUCCGUACGCACAAUGUGGUAAUUGUUGGGAUAGUCGAGUUGAUCGAUUAAUUAUUCGAGAACCAUCUAUUAUUGAUAUUACUGAGCAAUAUUCACAACACCAAUAUCAGCAACAACAUCAACGUCAACAACAAAAUAAUAAUAUUGGUAGAAGUCAUUGCAUUUGUCGAUCAACAAUAGUUGAUAAAUUAAUUAAUAAUGGACCGAAUAGUGAAAGACAACCGGUACUUCGCGUAGUUUCAAGAGGAGAAAGACUUGAAUUAAAACUUCUGGUGGAUGGUGCACAUGCUGCAGCGAGCUAUUUUAAACAAUCUUUACCAUUAUUCGAAGCAAAGUAUGAAUUUGCUCACAGUCCAUUAUGUGGACCAGCAAUUCUAUCAGCUACAACCGAUGGUGAAUUUGAAUUUCCUCACUAUGAAGCGCUCGGAUAUGUUGCACCACCUCGAUCAAUUAAAUGUAUCUGGGAAUUACGUGUUAAUCGAGAUAGAGAUAUUUGGUUGCAUUUCGACAAGAUUAAGUUUGCUUCGAGAUCCUGUGAAGAUGGAAAAUUAGAAAUUUUUUUACCUGGAACUGUUGAACCAUUUCUUAGUAUAUGCGGUGAAAAUGUUAGUUAUGUUAGAGAAAUGCCGAUUAUAUCGGCAGCACAAAUCAUUCCAAAUAUUCGUAUAUCUGGAGAUCAUGAUUCUGGACGCUUUAAUAUGAAUUCUAUUCAAACUCAAACUCAUCUUCAAUUGCCAUCACAAUCAUCACUGCCACCGGAUUAUCAGCAAGAAGAAUUUGAAUGGCCAACCGUAAUUGUUCAAUUUACUGGUUCUAUGGCACCAGCAAGAGCCGCAUUUAAAAUUGCUUGGACAGAAUUGUAUCAUUUACCACGUGAUUCUUCAGGUGCUCUAAAUACACAGAAACUUGAAGAAUUUUGUGGAUUUCAAUGUCCGGGCGAUUCUGGUUGUAUUCCUGCGAGACUUGUUUGCAAUGGUAUUGUUAAUUGUCCUGUAUUAGAGCCUCGAUCAAUAUUCAAAAAUGUACAUAACAAUACCGAUUCGUUGACAACAGUUGAAGAACCGAAUGAUGAAUCCAUUGAAACUUGUGGAGCUAAUGUUGUUAGUGAGCAUGGCAUUAUUUCUGGAUCUGGAAAUGGUGUCGGAGGUUUGGCUAGCGUUGUUGGUUCUGCCGGAUGGGCGGGAGCUGGUUUAGGUGCAGCUCUUGCUAUUCUUCUCGGUUUUCUUUGUUUAAUUACUGUUUGUAAACUUUGUAGGCAACGAACUACUUCUAGAGAUAUUCAUGUAUCAUAUUGACAGAGGUACGAAUAUAAACAUAAAUACAAUUACAAAUGCAAACGUAAAAAAAAAUACGAUUACACAUAUGCAAUCAUUGACAAUUUUUCCUGUUCUUAUUUUUGUUUUUUAUGAUUUAUAUAAAUUAAUUCUUAAUACUUCAUGUAUAAUAUUAUAUUAUUUAUGAACUCGAGCUCAGUGCAAAUCUAAA